AUGAAUACGGCAGCAACGGCACCACCUCCUUACGAAGAAAAAACUACUCCUUAUCCGAAUCAAAAUGCACCACCAACCGGAUAUCCAACACAACAACAACCGCUAUUUGUUGGAACACCGAUGGUUUAUCUUUCCGAAUAUCCAGUACAAUGUGUUUGUCCUCGAUGUGGUGCGCACAUAGUGACACGUGCAGAAAAAACAACGGGUUUAUUUACUUGGCUUCUCUGUGGUGGUCUAGUAGUCUUUGGUUGUGUGCUCGGCUGUUGUCUAAUUCCAUUUUGCAUUGAUUCCGCCAAAGAUACGGUACAUUAUUGUCCGAAUUGUUCUUAUGUACUUGGUGCGAAAAGGAUGAUAUAA